CAAGCGCAUACUGAAUACACUGACUGUGAACAGGCUGCGUAUCGACUGAACUGUCAAAACAUAGCAGGUGCCCGUUUGAUCAGAAGAAUUGAUAAAAGUUUCGACCAAUGAAAUAGCCAGGUUAUUUAGUGAACCAAUCGCGGCGAGUGUUGCAAACACUGGGCGUCCGCCAAGAUUUGAAUUUGCAGAUGAUAUUGACAGCUGAGAUCGUCUGCCCAUAACCACCAACAAAAUACCUCAGAAAAAAAUUAAAAAGAAGAAGCUCAAAUCAUCAUGCUAACACAGUAAAGAAAGAGUCGGUUGUUGUUAGCUGUGAGCUAAUUUUGCCAGUUUAAAAUUGAGUCAAGAUGGUUAGUGGUCAACUUGUUGCGGCAUUGCCAUCAACCUGCAAUCCACAAGACUCUGAGAUCGAACAAAGAGAUGACAGAAAGGAGUCCGUCUUGUAUAAAGAUCUGAUGAAUGAUUUGGUGAAACUGGCAAAGUGUCCAUUCAGAAAAAAUCUGGCUGGGAAGUUGGAGAAUGUGGCAGACAAUGACCAGAGAGACAAUGCAGUGUCAUCACUGAGAUGUUUGAAUCAGUUCUACAACUUUAGCUCCCAAACAUUUGCAACAGCUGUACAGUAUUUAGAUUUUGUUCUUUCAAAAGUAAAGGUUCAGAACAAGUACCUGUCAUGUUUAGUUACAGCUUGUCAUUAUAUUUCCACAAAGAUUAAUGAAGAACCUGAGGAUACCCCAUCAGCUACAGAGUUAUCACACAUUCACAGACAGAUGUGGAAAGCCUCAGAUUUGAAAAGAAUGGAACUGGUGGUACUUGAAAAGCUGAACUGGAAACUCUGGCCUGUUACCUGUUCUGGUAUCCUUAAACACAUCUGUGAUAUAAUGAGUAAAGUCAAUCCAAGUCUUCCAAGCUCUUUACUAGAUGACCUCCUUCAAAAGUUUGAAGUUUGCAUUAACUACAGUAACUGUAUUCUUUAUACUAUUCCAACUCUUUCCAUUUCCUUGGUACAGUUACAUUUGAAGGAAUCUGAUCUGCUAAACCAAGCCUUAAGUCACUGUCUACUACAGCUUCAUGGAAUAUGUGAUAUAGGAGAUUCUGAGUUUUAUGAGUGCUAUGAAUCAGUAACUAAGAUUCUUUAUAAUUAUUGUAAUUACCCAAGCAGUCAUCCAGCUUGUCUCCCCCUGCCAAAACCUCAACCAAGGAUAAACUUGAUGACAAAACCUAGUGCCUAUGGUGAUACAGAUCUACCUACUAUUUAUGAAAACCCUGUGACUACAAUUUAUGUGUCAACCAGUGAUUCUGAUGAGUCACCAGUUAUAAAAAAAGAAUAUGACAGUUGGAGUUAUUGUGUAUUACCUAGAAGAUGUGCCAUUACAGCUGAAUGAACAAUAUAAACCUCCCUUAUUCCAAUGUAGGCAGCAGUUAUAUUCAAUACUCUGGAGAUUUUAUUUGUUAUUGUUUCUCUGUACUAAAUCUUUCCUCUUAUUUUGACAAUGAUUCUUGUUACAUUUUUAUAUAUGUAUGUUUGUUGAUAUUCAAUGCAAAUCAUAUGUGUACCUGAUAUGGAGGAUAAAAAAAGCUGUAUUUGGAAAUUUAUUGUGUGAAUGUGUAAGUGUUGUAUGAUUGUUGUUGUGUAGUAUAGUUGUUAGAGGGCAGAUAGCUUAAAGUGUGAUAGAAUUUAAACUUAGAGAUGCAAAAAAUAUUUAAUGUUUUAUUAUUAAAUUUAGUUUCAAUUAUUUGAAAUUUUAUGAUUCGACAGUUAAACUGUCAAAGAAUAUUUUAAAUAAAUGUAGAAUUGAGCUUGGAUCUGCUUAAGAUUGUUUUAAAAAUAGACAAUAGUAGCCAGCUGGUUAAUUAUCAAUCUAAUUUUAGUUUCUUUCUUACAUUUUUGAAUUAUGUUUUAGAAUAUUGUUUCAAUUAAAUAAUAAUUACUGCACACUUCUAACCAUACACAAAAGAUUUUGUUUCUUUUACUUUUUUGUUAUAAAUAUGUUUUUUAAUAUAAUUUAUUAACAUUGAAAAAUGAUUGUGCUACUUUUAACAAACUUUAGUACCCUUUUACUUACACUUGUAUUUAUUCUUAAUAUAAGACAGACACAGGGUGAUAGAAUGGUGAAAUAUUUAUCCUGUAGAUCAAAUAUAUCCCGAACAAUAUAGCUAGCACUUCAUUAUUUUUGGGUAGAGAAAUGAUAAAUAAAUAUAUAUACAAAUAUGGUUGUGCCUGUCUACUUGCCAUUAUUAAAAACAUUUCAAACCUGUAAACAUAAAAUGAAAAGUUAAGGAAAAAUUUAUCCUGCAUUCAUUUAUCUUCUUUAUUUAUAUGAUAAAUUAUCAUUUAUUUUCUUUCUUGUGAAGUUUUUAAUGUUUCAAACAGAAAAGUUCUAUUAAAGAUAGAACACUUCAGUAUUAAAAGUAAAUGAAUUUAAUACCUUGGGUUUCACAUUACAAGAUUAUCUGUGUGUGUUAAUAAUGUUUUACCUGGAUCGUCAUUUUAAUAAGUUAGAAUUUUACAUAGCUAGAUCGUAUAGUUGAUUCAUAAUUUUGAUUUUCAUAUAAUGGGUGACAGAAAUUCAUUGGAUUGAGAUUUAUGAUGGAUUAGAGUAUUCAAAUUCAAAACAAUUAGAAUCUUAAAGAAAUAACAUUUCAAAACCUGUAUUUAUUUAUUUCUGGAAUGGAAGAAGCUUUUAUUGAAAAAUAUUUUUAUUUAACUUACAUUGUUGAUUUUAUCAGAAAUGGCAAAAGUGUAAUUACCAGUAUUGUACAUAUUUUUUUAACGACCAAAUUAUAAUUACAAUUUGUGCAAUAACUAUACUAAUUAUCCCUCCAUACUGUUGAGUCAGUAUUGUUAUCAAUCUGUUGAUUAUGUUAAAAUUUUCCUUAACAUUGUCAGAUAUUGUUAUGUGUAAAUAUAUCUAUUAUUUAUUGACAUUAUGUGUAGUGCCAUACAAACUAAGUUGUCACAUGAUAAAAAUGGAACGAUUUUUAUAUUAAAGAUUGCAUGUCACAAAAAGAAUUUUAAAUCACUUUUUCGAAAAAUUGGUCCACACUUCAAACUAAAGUUAAUUUUAUUUAUGUUUGUGUGUAAUACAAAUUAUAACAAUUAGAAAGUUGGCACAACCAACCUAUCCCUAAUCCUGUUAAUGGAAGGUCCUCAACAUACCCAAUAAUACUGUUGAAAAUUGAAAAAAGUAAUGGUCAUAUUGGUUGUAACUUUGUUAUACUUUUUACUGAUCUCUAAUAUAUACAGAAAAACUUUUGGAGCCCCCCCCCCCUUUAAAUUUUGAGAGAGUUUCUCAUGACCAUGGCUAGCCUGAACGUUUGGGAAAACAUUGCUGAGAAAUGUUUGACCUAUUCAUUUAUUGACCCCAAAAUCAAUAAGGCUUUUCCCCUUCCAUUUGUAUGAAUUAAGAAAGGCAUACUUAGAACAGUGUUUAUAAUAUGUUACACAGUUAAAGAUAUAUGUAGCUUUAUAAAUUUUAAAGCAUUUAUACGUAUUAAACAACUUUUUUUGUAUGGCACAAUGUGAUUGUAAUUGUUCUAUGCAAGUAAGCAUGAAAAAAAAAAGUUUUAUACAUUUAUAUAUUUUUAAAAUGCAAAAAUGGUGCAAAAAAGAAUAAAAUUUAAAAACAA